AUGGUCUCAAAAACAAGAACCUAUGCUAUUAAUAUUGCUAUCAUAGUAUUAUUAUUUACGGUCAAAGGUGUAUUAUCAGAUGACACAAUUCCGAUUCCUGCUGAAAAAACUCAAUUAGAUUCAUGGUUUAAUAGCAAUGUUGGUCCAUUAGAACAAAGAAAAAGUGCCCUUGACCCUGCAUUAGUGACUGCAGAGGCUGGUGCUAAAGUUAUUAAAGUAAUGCAAGAUGGUAGUGGUGAUUUCAAAACCAUCACUGAUGCGAUUAAUAGCAUACCUACCGGGAACACCAAACGUGUAAUUGUGAGCAUUGGUGGUGGAAAUUAUAACGAGAAAAUCAAAAUUGAAAGGACAAAACCUUUUGUUACAUUGUAUGGGACACCAGCAAAUAUGCCAAAUUUGACAUAUGGUGGAACUGCAAAACAAUAUGGCACGGUUGAUAGUGCUACAUUGAUUGUUGAAUCAGAUUAUUUUGUAGCUGCUAACAUGCUCAUAUCGAAUUCUGCACCAAGACCAGAUGGAAAGAGCGCAGGUGCUCAAGCAGUAGCAUUGAGAAUUUCUGGUGACAAAGCAGCAUUUUAUAAUUGCAAGUUUUUAGGGUUCCAGGACACAAUUUGUGAUGACAGGCAUAAUCAUUUUUUUAAAGAUUGCUUAAUUCAAGGCACUGUGGAUUUCAUUUUUGGAAGUGGGACGUCACUAUAUUUUAAAAGUGAAUUGAGAGCGCUUGGUGACGCUGGGCCAACAGUGAUAGUAGCACAGGCAAGAAAAAGUGUAUCAGAUGCUGAUUUAUACUCAUUUGUGCAUUGUGAUGUUACUGGAACUGGAUCUACCACUUUCUUAGCCAGAGCAUGGAUGACUUAUCCUAAAAUUAUCUUUGCUUACUCAACUAUGAGUAAUGUUGUUGAUCCUAAAGGGUGGGAUAACACCAUGCACCCUGAAUUUGACAAAACUUCAUACUUUGGAGAAUAUCAGAACACAGGACCAAAGUCAGAUCCCAAAGGACGUGCAACUGUCGGAAAACAACUAAGUGCAGCAGAGGUUAAACCUUUCAUUACGCUUGGAAUGAUUCAAGGAUCUAAAUGGCUCCUUCCUCCUCCAAAAGUCUAA